UUGGGUUGCCCUCGUCCUCACGUCCGCGGCGCCCCCCCAUUCCCCCCUCACCCAACCCCAACUACUCCACCUCCGCCUCCGCCUCUCUCAGAUCCGCCGCCGCCGUCGCCAUGGGCCAGUGCCCCUCCGCCCCCCGUUACCACCACCAUCGCCACCCACCCCGCAACCCUCCUCCUCCCUCCCCACCCCCCGCCGACCAUGCGCCGCCGCAGCCGCUGCCCACUCCCGACGACGAUGCCCCCGCGGCGGAGGACCACACCGCUGACCUCCCCGACGACCUCCUCGCCGUCGUCUUCGGCCUCCUCGGCUCCGCCGACCGCAAGCGCUGCUCCCUCGUCUGCCGCCGCUGGCUCUCCGUCGACGCCGCCUCGCGCCUCCGCCUCGCCCUCGACGCGCGGGCGCCGCUCCACGCCGCCCUCCCGGGGAUCCUCGCCCGCUUCCCCGCCGUCUCCAAGCUCGCCCUCAAGUGCGACCGCCGCGCUGAGAGCGUCGCCGACCCCACGCUCGCCCUCCUCGCCGACCGCCUCGGCCCCGCCCUCCGCCGCCUCAAGCUCCGCUCCAUCCGUCUCGUCACCGACGACGGCGUCGCCGCGCUCGCCGCCGCCGCCACCAACCUACGCAAGCUCUCCGUCGGCUCGUGCACCUUUGGCGCCAAGGGGAUCGAGGCCGUCCUCCGCUCCUGCCUCCAUCUCGAGGAGCUCUCCAUCAAGCGCCUCCGCGGCCUCGCCCAAUCCGAGCCCGUCGCCGUCUCCAGCCUCUGCCUCCAUUCCCUCUGCCUCAAGGAGCUCUACAAUGGCCAGUGCUUCUCCUCUCUCAUCACCAACUCGCCCAACCUCAAAACGCUCAAGAUCAUCCGCUGCUCCGGCGACUGGGAUCCCGUGCUUCAGGACCUCCCUCAGGACGCCAUGCUGGCCGAGCUCCAUCUCGAGAAGCUGCAGGUCAGCGACCGCGGUGUCUCUGCCUUGUCGGGCCUCGAGGUCCUCUACCUCGCCAAGGCGCCAGAGGUUACAGAUGUUGGGUUGGGUAAGCUCGCCACCAGAUCGCCACGCCUACGCAAGCUGCACGUCGAUGGAUGGAAAGCAAACAGGAUUGGUGACCGCGGCCUAGCGGCUGUUGCACAGAAAUGCGCUGCUUUGCAAGAACUGGUUCUCAUCGGGGUGAAUUUGACGUCCGCCAGUCUCGAACUGAUUGCUGCCAACUGCCCUGCCCUUGAGCGCCUCGCACUGUGCGGGUCUGAUACGUUCGGGGAUGCCGAGAUAUCUUGCGUCGCGACGAAAUGUGCUGCGUUGCGGAAGCUCUGCAUCAAGGCAUGCCCUGUUUCUGAUGCAGGAAUGGAUAAGCUCGCUCAAGGCUGCCCACGUCUUGUCAAGGUGAAGGUGAAGAAGUGUCAGGGAGUGACGCCAGAGUGUGCUGAGCGGCUUCGGGCUAGCCGCAACGGAGCCCUUGCUGUGAAUGUUGACACGCCAGGUGGUGCUGGUGAAUUGCAGGAUGCUAGGAGCGUGGAUGAGAGUGGUGUCCUGGAGAAUGCUGGUAGCGACACCCUGCCGGACGAUUUGGAUGAUCGGAUAGGGGGCCCUGACCUUUCCUGUGGCAGCAGCGGCAGGCCAUCGGGGUGGAAAGCACGGAUGGGUGCUUUUAUGUCAAGGAGCUUGUCUGUUUCCAUGUUCCGGAGGCGGCCGCGUGUGAGUUGUUAUGAGUCAUGAGAAUUGGAUGCUUUGGUUGCUCCAUUAGCUUCUUCAUUCUUUCAUGUUUGUAUGUUACAUUAAUUUAUGUUGUUCGUUGCGACCGAUGUUUUUGUCUUUUGGGAUGGUAACAUGCUGUUCUUCCUGAUCGGCUUGUUUAUAGAAAUUCCAGUUUAUGUUGGCAGGAUACUUAAUUAUUUAUUCUUGCUUUUAAUAGCAGGGAUGGAUGCAAUAGCACAGCGCAAUCUUAUUUUAGGUAGCCUUUUUCUUUGGAAACAAGAUAUGGAAAACCUGCAAUUUGAUUCA